AUGCAUGCUAUUACAAUUACAAGCGAGGAUGGCAAGUUCGGGAAGCCUGGGCAAGUCUAUUACCCACUCUCUCUCCGUUCGGUCCCAAUUCCAACUCCAAAAGGGACUGAACUGCUCAUCAAACUCACCGCAGCCUCACUUAACCAUCGGGACCUCUUUAUACGAAAACACUUAUACCCAGGGACCUGUUUCGAAACGGUCCUACUAAGUGAUGGAGUUGGUAUUGUGGCUUCGACAGGACCGGAUGUGCCCCAUGCUCAAUCCUGGGUGAACAAGCGGGUUAUUCUGAACCCUGCCACCGGCUGGAAAGAUGCCCCCGAUGGGCCCGAGAGCGCCACUGGAUUCAGAAUCAUGGGAGGCACAAGCCUGUAUGACAAGGGAACCUUACAGGAAUACAUCACCCUGGACAUGAGUGAGGUCGAGGAGGCGCCGGAGCAUCUGUCUGAUGCUGAAGCGGCGGCUCUGCCGUUGACCGGGUUGACUGCUUGGAGAGCACUCGUGACCAAAGCUGGUGAAGCUAACUCCAGCACCGGAGCUGCCAUCUUGGUUACCGGUAUUGGUGGAGGUGUGGCGCUGAUGGCCUUGCGCUUUGCGGCGGCAAGGGGAGCGGAUGUAUAUGUCACAAGUUCUAGCGAGGAGAAGAUUAAGCAGGCUGUCGAGCUCGGAGCUCGCGGUGGAGUGAACUACAAAGAGACGGGAUGGGAAAAGAAGCUGAUGAGCAUGUUGCCAAACGGGAAGACUAAAUUUGACGCUAUUAUCGACGGUGCGGGCGGAGAGGUCGUUGAAAAGGGGGUGAAGUUGCUUAAGGUACGUCGUUUUUUCUUGUUAUAUGCCCACUUUAAGCUAUGGGUAUUUCCGAGCCCACACCUCCUCGUUCUGCCUUGCCGGGCUUGUGAGGUGAAAACACACCUUCUCUCCUAUUUACCGCCAUGUUCUCUUUCUAUAUAUUGUGGCUUGAUAUGA